GCCUCCUUCGAGCAGCAGUUUAAAUUCUAAAACCCUUUCAGCUUUCGCUCUUUUUCAGCCCGAAAACCCUAAAACUCCCCCGUCUCCGCCGUUGCAGGUGAUAGAGAAGCUCCGCUGCUCUCCAGUCAACUAUAAUGGCUACUGUACCAGUUAAUCCUAAACCUUUCCUGAACAAUCUUACUGGACAGCCUGUUAUGGUAAAGCUCAAGUGGGGUAUGGAGUACAAAGGGUUUCUUGUCUCUGUGGACUCAUACAUGAACUUGCAGCUAGCUAAUGCUGAGGAAUAUAUUGAGGGGCAGUUUACUGGAAAUCUUGGAGAGAUUCUGAUCAGAUGUAAUAAUGUUCUCUAUAUUCGUGGAGUUCCAGAAGAUGAAGAAGUAGAGGAUGCUGAUCGUGAUUAGGAGCUUCUGCAGUAAAAUGAUUUCAGAUGAAACAUUUGAUUUUUUAUCCCGUCAUCCUAUCUUCCUUUUGGAAUAUGUAAUGUAUUCUUGUCAGUUCUAGAAUUUUGUUGUACCAUUAUGCAUAUAGCUUUGUUAUGAACAAGGUCUUAAUGCACCUUGACUUUCCUUGAGGGAAUACUGGCCCUGAAAUGCAGCAAUCAAAAUCAAGGUUGAGGAUGACGGUAGAUUUGUUAUAUUUAUCUGAAAUCCUAUUAGCCUUCUCUUGAUUCAGAAAUAUCAUCGGUUUUCACCUGA